GAUGAUUUGUCUUUUAAAAACAUAACGUCACGCCGGAAAUCGGAGCGAAAGGAAAUAAAGAAAACAAAAAAUAUCAAUAACGGCGCUCAUCCCCUUUUUUGUUUAACUGUAUUAAUGUUUUGUUUAAAUUAUUGCAGCGACGCCAGCAGAGCAGAAGCAGCGGAAUACCAGGGGCUGCAACAGCGGCAGAAAACAAUAUGUGUGAAAGCGAGACGACCGGAAUGUGUGUGCGACGCCAGCAGAAAAGCAGAGGCAGCGACAAGAUCAGCAGAGAAACAGGGAUGGCAACAGCAGCUGCAAAAAAAUACGCGUGAAAGCGGGACGACCGCGACGCCAGCAGAAAAACAGAGGCAGGGGCAAGAUCAGCAGAGAAACAAAGAUGGCAACAGCAGCUGCAAAAAGAAUACGCGUGAAAGCAGGACGACCGCGACGCCAGUAGACAAACAGAGGCAGUGGAAAGAUCAGCAGAAAAACAGGGACAGCAACAGCGGCUCCAAAAGGAACAUGCGUGAAAGCGAGACGACCGCGACGCCAGCAGAGCAGCAAGAGCUGCGGAUGGAGCAGAAUAGUAAUAAAAGAGCAGCAGAGGCAGCAAAUAAAUAUGCGUGAAAGCGAGAUGACCGUGACGCCAUCAUACAAGCGUUACGAAGAGAAGAAAAACAAAGGCAGCAGCAGCAAAAAUGAUAUACGUUGACGCCAGCCGACAUCAGCAUCAGCGGCGGCAGCAGCAGAGGAACAUGGCAGCAGACUUCAGACGCUAGUUCGACGCGACCGCACGCCAUUGGGAUCUAUAUAAAAGUGAGGAGGAAAUAGAUUUAAAGGAAUCUGCGUCAAUGCCAAAGGUUAGUGGCAACGAAUUUGUGUGCGGAACAGCUCGAGACGCAAGUGGAAGCCUUGUUUACGUUUCUCUUUGUAAUAACCGCUAGAAGAUGCAGCCACGUGUAAUUGGAGUGAAUGAAAGAAAUAUAUGUUUUGAUUUUUUUG